UGCCUUGGCAGAGUCUGGGGUCCCUGGACUGAGCCAUCAGCUGGGUCACUGAGACCCAUGGCAAGGAAACAAAAUAGGAAUUCCAAGGAACUGGGCCUAGUUCCCCUCACAGAUGACACCAGCCACGCCGGGCCUCCAGGGCCAGGGAGGGCACUGCUGGAAUGUGACCACCUGAGGAGUGGGGUGCCAGGUGGAAGGAGAAGAAAGGACUGGUCCUGCUCGCUCCUCGUGGCCUCCCUCGCGGGCGCCUUCGGCUCCUCCUUCCUCUACGGCUACAACCUGUCGGUGGUGAAUGCCCCCACCCCGUACAUCAAGGCCUUUUACAAUGAGUCAUGGGAAAGAAGGUAUGGACGUCCAAUAGACCCAGACACUCUGACUCUGCUCUGGUCUGUGACUGUGUCUAUAUUCGCCAUCGGUGGACUUGUGGGGACGUUAAUUGUGAAGAUGAUUGGAAAGGUUCUUGGGAGGAAGCACACUUUGCUGGCCAAUAAUGGGUUUGCAAUUUCUGCUGCAUUGCUGAUGGCCUGCUCGCUCCAGGCAGGAGCCUUUGAAAUGCUCAUUGUGGGACGCUUCAUCAUGGGCAUAGAUGGAGGUGUCGCCCUCAGUGUGCUCCCCAUGUACCUCAGUGAGAUCUCACCCAAGGAGAUCCGUGGCUCUCUGGGGCAGGUGACUGCCAUCUUUAUCUGCAUUGGCGUGUUCACUGGGCAGCUUCUGGGCCUGCCCGAGCUGCUGGGAAAGGAGAGUACCUGGCCAUACCUGUUUGGAGUGAUUGUGGUCCCUGCCGUUGUCCAGCUGCUGAGCCUUCCCUUUCUACCGGACAGCCCACGCUACCUGCUCUUGGAGAAGCACAACGAGGCAAGAGCUGUGAAAGCCUUCCAGACGUUCUUGGGUAAAGCAGACGUUUCCCAAGAGGUACAGGAGGUCCUGGCUGAGAGCCGCGUGCAGAGGAGCAUCCACCUGGUGUCCGUGCUGGAGCUGCUGAGAGCUCCCUACGUCCGCUGGCAGGUGGUCACUGUGAUUGUCACCAUGGCCUGCUACCAGCUCUGUGGCCUCAAUGCAAUUUGGUUCUAUACCAACAGCAUCUUUGGAAAAGCUGGGAUCCCUCCGGCAAAGAUCCCAUACGUCACCUUGAGUACAGGGGGCAUCGAGACUUUGGCUGCCGUCUUCUCUGGUUUGGUCAUUGAGCACCUGGGACGGAGACCCCUCCUCAUUGGUGGCUUUGGGCUCAUGGCCCUCUUCUUUGGGACCCUCACCAUCACGCUGACCCUGCAGGACCGCGCCCCCUGGGUCCCCUACCUGAGUAUCGUGGGCAUUCUGGCCAUCAUCGCCUCUUUCUGCAGUGGGCCAGGUGGCAUCCCGUUCAUCUUGACUGGUGAGUUCUUCCAGCAAUCUCAGCGGCCGGCUGCCUUUAUCAUUGCAGGCACCGUCAACUGGCUCUCCAACUUUGCUGUUGGGCUCCUCUUCCCAUUCAUUCAGCUCCUGCUUCUUCUCCUUUCACUACUCCGAAUACAGCCUGGAUUCAAGCUGCCACCGCCACCACCACCACCAAAAAAGAACACCCAUUGUAAAUGGUCAUGUGGUACUUCCUCAACCUGGAAUGACCUUCCCCUCUCCUCUUCUCCUGGAGAACACCAAGUCAUGAUGUCAGACAAGAGCUUGGAUUUUGGAGACACAGUUUCUUGACCUGGGCGGUGCUCCAAAGAGGAUUCUAGCUUGGCUUUUGUGAUAGAGAAUGGAUACAUUAUUAGACCUGAAAAGCCGGAGGAGGGAGGAAUGGUCCCAAAAGGAAGAAACUGUGCUUGUCUUCACAAUAAAGAGCAGAGAAGUGGGGAGAGGUAUUGAAAGCUGUGGGUGGAGUUUUGCAGGGAAGAUUGUGUGAAAGAGGUGAGGGAACUACGAUCUGGGGGAAUGUGGAUAGGAGAGUAAAAGGGAAUUCUAGAGAACAAUCCCUACUGACUUCACACAACUUAAGAAAUGCAAGUAAAGGGCCAGGUGCGGUGGCCCACACCUGUAAUCCCAGUACUUUGGGAGGCUGAGGCAGGUGGAUCACUUGAAGUCAGGAGUUCAAGAAGAGCCUGGCCAACAUGGUGAAACCCCGUCUCUAUUAAAAAUGCAAAAAUUAGCCAGGCAUGGUGGGAUGUGUCUGUAAUCCCAGCUACAGAAAGAGAGAGAGGUGGCUGAGGCAGGAGAAUUACUCAAACCCAGGAGUUGGAGGUUGCAGUGAGCCAAGAUCGCACCACUGCACUCCAGUCUGCUGGACAACAGAGCAAGACUCGGGGGAGGGGGGGAGAAGGAAAGAAGGAAGGAAGGAAGGAAGGAAAAUAGAAAUAGAAAUGCAAGUAAAGAAUUUCAGUUUGAAAAUUGCCUUUUGUCUACUGAACAUGAGACUGCUUGGAGACUGGGCAACAUGGAUUUUUAUAAGUUGUACAAAGCACUUAGCAAUGUUUGAACCUCUCCAUCCUGCAAAGCCAGCUCAAUCACUUCUCCAGAAAGACUUACUGAGUCCUCUGCACUGAACAGGUGUCCUGUGUUCCAGGAGAGCCCUGGGCUGGCUCCUAGUGCAGCCGUUAUGACCCUGGACUACACCAUCUUUCACAUCACUGCCUGGCCCUCUAGAAUCUCAGCCUCUUAAAUCAAGAAAUUGUGUCUUGUUCAUGUCUGAAUUCCCCAAGCAAACACAGUGAGUGGGUGCUCGACAAAUCUUUGUUGGUAAUGAGCAAAAAAGGGGAUUCUGUGCCCAACACCAUGAAAUCAAUGCACAGAAGAUUCAAUCAACCAAGAAAGGUGCACAGACGUUGGCCACACACACUGACAUUUGUUUUCAGAUGUUCCAGUCCCCCUGACUUUCACCAAUCCAUUCAUUCAUUCCACAAGCAUUUUUGAUGGGGUGGAAGCAAGACAAUACAUGGUGUGUAAGUCACAGAUUGGGUGGGUUUGUAUAAUGAGUAUAGAAAAACUUCUAGCAGAAGAUGAUAAAGUAUAUCAAGAAAGGGCUCUCUUCAAGAUCACACCACUGCACUCCAGCCUCGGUAACAGAGGGAGAUUCCAUCUAAAAAACAAACAAAGAAACAAACAAAAAAAAACAGAGAUGGGGGCAAGGGAGCUCUUUUUUUCUAAUUAGCACUAGAUUGCCAUUUUAGCUAGGGAUUCUGCUGCAACCAUCUCCCAGACCCUAUUCUAGGGCCCGGGGAUAGAAACAGAAUUAAAAACAUAUUCCUUAUCUUUCUUGGGCUUAUAUUAUUGAGGAGAGAGAAAUAAACAAUUUCAAAAUAAACAAUGUCAUACAGUGCUAAAUGCUAUAAAUAAAAUCAAACAGAAUAACGAAAGAGGGAGUAGCUAGAUUGAAGGGAAAAGCUGCUUCAGAAUGAGUUGUCAAGGAAGCCUCUUUGUAAUCAGAAAGGUGAGAAGGAUGUAGUCAGGCAAAUAUCAGGAGUAAAUUAUUCUCGGAGGAAAGUAAGCCCAUGCAAAGGCCCUGGGGCAGAGUGAGCUUAUUUGAUAAAGAGGUAAAAGGGUCAGGAUAUCUGUAGCAAUAGUGGCCAAGGGAGGGAGAGGUAUGAGACAGAGGAGGUGAGCCCUGUUGCCAUGGUGAGGGCAUGAGGAUUUGUUCUAAGUUCCAAAUACCUGGAAUUAAUGUCCUUUGAACUGGACAAUAACUACGAGCCUUCAUAUCUCAAUGCUACAGUCUUUAAGCCCCUGUUAUAAGAGCUCAGAGGCUUCAGAGAUGACAGGAAACACCAGAAUGCUAGGGUGGAGCAUAUCUAGGUGCCUUCUCCCAACUCAGACCCUUUGACUGUACAAAGACACAGGUUUCAAGGCUGAGAUCCACAGAACUCUAGCAAAUACUUCACAGACACCAACCAAUGACAGCAGGUGCUGCCUGUCACCCUGGAGCACCAGGCAGCAUUUCAAAGCACUCUUGCUGUGCCGGCCUCUGAUUGCUGGUUAUAGGGAGGUCUGGGGUAGUCCCAAAAGCUGGGAUGUCCAAGGUAGCUGGGGUCAGUCAGGAGGCUCAGGAAAGUGGCAGGAAAAUAUUUUCCUCCCUGGUAGAGCAACAGUGGGGUAUCCAGGCUGAAUAUCAGUGGCGAGAAGGACGAUGGCACAGCACCAAGACCUGCAGAACAAACUUUGUUAGAGCUGAAUCCAGAAAAGCAACCUUCUUCUAAGCCACUCUCCUGCCCCUUAUUUAAUUAUUGUGCUUUUGGGUGUACUUGGACUACUCUGAAACAUUCAGAACUCUGUCAAAAAUAAAAAGAAAGACUUCUUUCCUC